AUGGCCAGGAAGAGCUUCCGAGUAGCAAAAGGAGGGGGAGGAGACUGGAUAGCCGAACUUAUUCAUUCGAUAGCUACUGAGAAAGAGCUAGAGGCUCUGGGUGUAUCGGCAGAAGAGGCAGCACGGGCAGUCUCUAGAAAUUUUGUCCCCCUCAUGAAGAAGCAUUUGGCAUUUGCUAUUAGCUACAGCAAAGCUGCGUUUGAGGCUGCCCUUGUCGAUGAAAUAACACAAGGGGAAGGGCCAAUUUCUUGCCUGGAGCUCCUGGAGAAAGUAAAGGAUGCGUCGCAAAGGAUUAAAGACCUCAUGGGUACGGUUACAACUCAAUCUGAGAAGAUGCAUGAACUGGAAGAGAAUUUGGCCCAUGCACAGGAAUUUUUGGACAAAGUAGAAAACAUCAAGGAAGACGCGUUGUCUACCGCAGACAAAUGUCGGCAGUUUGCCAAACGGGAGGAAGGGCGCUUCCCUAGCUCUAGUAUGGAGUUCGUCGAACGGUUGCGAAGCGAGAUACGGGAUGAGCUGACUCUCGAGCUAGCUGAGCAAGUCACGGCUUCUGCCGCUGCCCCCUGCAGCACAGCAGCAAAUGUGGACCAAGAGGUGCAGACCGACCCCGUUUGCAUCGAGCCAGUCAUAGACGAGUCUGAAACUAUUCCCGUGAAGCUGCCUGCUGAGGAAUUACCUUCAUAUGAAGCAAAAGAACAGAUAAAUAGCAGCCAAGGGCUAGCCCCUAGCGAUAGGGAACUCCUUACAUCUUGCCUCGAAGAAAUGCGGAUCCUAAACAACUAUUUUGCAGAACACGCGUCGGGGGCCAGCGGUUUUGAGCGCACACGAGUAGGCCAACGGCAUUGCCGAAACCCGAUUCCUGGGAGUAGAUCGGGCUUCAGCAAACCAACGCAGUGGAAUGCCACGCCGUCUUUCGUUGCUGUACUUCUCGCUGCUCUCACCAGCUGUUUUGGGGGGAGCGCAAAGGGCUCCUCGGCUCCUCACACUGAACACUAUGAGAGCAGAUCUUGGCAGACCUUCGCCAGCCGGCUAGCAGGCCCGGCACGCGAGUCCUUGUGUCAACGCAGCAGCUGCGUUGGAACCACUGACAGACCACUUGGAAGCUCCCAAGGGAGUGCCUGUGAACAUGUAGCCCUCAAAACAUUUCGUCUUAGCCCUAUAUCCCGCUCUAGCAACGGACAGGCAGAGUUUAUUUCCUCCUACGGCAUUCGACAGUCUGCAAAUCCCUCCGGCCCCUGCACUUCACGCAGGGUGGUGUGUACAGAUGAACGGCUCCUAGCCAGUGGACCGUCGCCGAAGUCCCAACAUCGGCAGUGGCAGCACGACACAGCAGAGUAUUCAGGCUUGAGCACCAGACAGAGCAGCCAUUUCGCCCCAGCAGAUGUCGCAGGGGCGGAUCCCGAAAAGCCGAUGCAACAAGCUUUUGUUCAUUCAUAUCAGGCAUCAGCUUCUCCAAAAGGCAGAAGCCUCAGCCCCGUGAGCCAGGAAUUACAUUCUGCUCCCUCUGUCCUGUUAGAGGAGGCUUCUUUUGCCUCUCAGCUGCAAAAACCAGCACUAUCAGCACCAGCAGAAGGAGAAUUAGCCCCUGAGGCACCAACCGAAAACACAUACAGCAAAGGAUGCAGCACUGAAGAAGCAAAAGAAACACUCCUAAACUCCUCCGCAGACGCAUGCCAUCAUCCAGAAAGCCCUGCUGCUCCAUCGACCAUUUCAGAAGUGUCGUCCGCAGGCCAAGAGCGCAUAACGCUCUAUGACACCCCGGAUACAGCAGCCGCCGAUUCAGUGACCCCUUCAAAACAAGAGGCUCCCAGGGCUGUCCGUGGGCAGGCAGUACGAACGGCGCCAGCAGGGCAGGAGGAGAGCAACAGAAUAGGGCAAACCGGCCUGUGCAACGUAGACGGUGGAGCCUCAAGCCUCACUCCUACACAAGCUGUUUUCUCCGAGCUUGCAGUAGCAGAAGGGUGGGGAAAAGAAUCAAUAGGCGAAAAUGAAUGGCAGAAGCUGCAGUUCUCAGGAGGACAGAACAGGGAAAUAAAGAUGGAGACGAACGCAAAUUGGCAGCAACAACACCCACAAGCUCAACAGCCGCAGGGUUGUGUGCCCCAAGAAAUAAUUUUCGGUCGAAAUGGACCGCCGAUCUGGCCACUGGUGACAGGGGGAGCUGCUUGGUGCAAGAAACACGAAACGAAAACUAUUCCUCUUGCUCCGCUGAAGAGGCAAAACAGAGAGGAAGGCGCGGAAUGUGGCCCGUCAAUUAUUGCAGAGGCGCAUGCCGCUGUGGCCAUGCAACCAGGCAAGUGCUUACAUCCAUUCAGAUGUACGGGGAUACACUAUGUCAGAGUGAGGCUUGCGUAUUGUUCCGCAGCCUUAUUUCGCCACCCCUUCGUAGGACAAGCUGCAUCUCAACAGGGCGAGACUUCUAGGCCCAAGCCGUUUUUUCCCGAGGGGGUCACGGGGGUCUAUAUACCUCUUAAGGGGUCCAAACUGGGGAAGGCGAAUUACAAAGAACUGAAAAAAGAGGAAAAACAAACUUACGCCGGCGCAUGCAAAACACUUAACGAGCUCCGCAUCAGAAAUAAAGUGUUAGAAAGCCAGGUCCUAGGCCUCUCGGUCGCUUUGAGUCAAGCGCACGAACGGCUAAACGAAUUAACCCACGUUUGCGAUAAAUUGGCAGGUGGAUUUUCUGCACAAAAAUGA